AUGGCUGGUGUGGAACAGGGCUGCUCGGAUGGGCUCCUUCAGCCUUGCGAGCCGGUCACCGGCGCUUGCCUUCCUAGCGGGAAGCCCCGAUGGUUGCGAAGAUCCUCGCUAGUGAGACGGAUGUCUGACUUCGAUAUCGCCCCUGACAAGCUUGACUGGCAGCGAAUCCGACUGCGGGAAGAGCGACGGGUGGAAGCCAACAUCAAGCAGAUCCUGGCAAAAAGGACCACGGUGCCUAUGUGGGUGGACUCCCUGCGAUCGACAGUCAGGAGGAGGCGCAAGAGGUCCAAUGCGCGGCACAUGGCGGUGAUCAGGGUCCGGGAUUUGCCGACCCUCCAUGGCAACCUCAUGCAGGAGCACUGGCCCGCGAGCCCUGGAGCACCACGAAAGCCCUUCGUGAGGAGUGUGAUCCAGACUCCUGAAGGACCUACCACGCCAACCAAAGUCAGUUCGCCACCGAGCAAAGUCAACUCUUGUGAAGGCCACGCGGGCACCUGGCCGGGCGCGGCGAAGCCCAGCACCGCGCGGACUCCGCGCCCCGGAGGCGAGGCCAUGGUGCGUGCCGCCUACGGCAAGCCCACGGCCUCUCCCUCACCGACCCCGCCACCCACGGAGCCCACAGCUCACAGACCCGCCCACGCCUUUCGGCGCCCGGCGCCGGCGCCAGAGCGCGCCCAAAAGCCGAGCGAGGUGCCACAAGCAGCACCAGGCCCAACUUUGGCCGAUCUGGUGGCGGAGGCGGAAGAGGCGUCCGAGGUCCCUGCGCAGCAUGAGGCAACUGGAAGGGAAGAGGAGGAAGCGAAGGAGGAGGCAACUGCAAGGGAAGAGGAGGAAGUGGAGAAUGAGGAGGCAACUGCAAGGGAAGAGGCGACUGAGGCGGCAGUUGACGAUGAGGAGGCGACUGCAAGGGUGGACGAUGAGGAAGCGACUGCACGGGAAGAGGAGGAGGUGGAGAAUGAGGAGGCGACUGCAAGGGAAGAGUCGGCUGAGGCGGCAGUCGACGAUGAGGAGGCGACUGCAAGAGAAGAGGCAGAAGUGGACGAUGAGGAAGCGACGGCAAGGGAAGAGGAGGAAGUGGAGAAAGAGGAGGCAACUGCAAGGGCAGAGGAGGAAGUGGAGAAGGAGGAGGGAGCUGCAAUGGAAGAGGAGGAAGUGGAGAAUGAAGACGAAUGUGGAAGGGAAGAGGCAUUUGUAAGGGAAGGGGCAGUGAAGAACUCGCGUGAAGGACACCUCCCGUUGGAUGAGCUCAGCACCUGCGCCGGGAGUCCUGUAUCUCCUGAGACCUUGGCGGGGUCGCCGGUGCACGAAGAGCACCUGGGCAGAGGGGUUCUACCUAACGGCCUGGGAUUCUUGGCACCCAUGGCACCCCGAGUUCACACGCCAGUCCACGACGAAUCCUCGGAGGAGGGGGAAGAGGCGGACUUACUGGAGGAGGACCUGCCCUCUGAGAGCAGUCAGAUGGCGGCGGACCAAGCGGCGGACUUGGCCUCGGAGCUCGUCGGCCAAGUGAGCCUCUGUGAGUGA